GCCUUUGCAGAUAUUAGUAAUUGUAGUCCAUCAUUUGAUUUACGUGUGCAGGAUAACACAAUCAGUGCUUAGGGUUUCUGUGUCGCCCUUGGAGAUGAUCAUCAAUUUCUGGCGGAAAUGUUGAUUUGAGGCCUUCCAUCGAAACAGCGCUGUGUUUUCGUUCAGAUCAAUUUUGGAUGGUUGUUGUUACCAGUAGCUGCCAGUCCUGCGCUUAAUAGAUGUCUGAUUUGAGUUUGCAUGUACAUGUAGUUCAAGGUGUGCUCGGUACAGCCAACUGCUCUGAAAUCUGUUCACAAAAUCUGCAAUUAGUUCCUCAUUUGUGCAUUGCCAUAGCCCCCUACCAGAUGUUGCUGUACCAAGUAUCAAGACAGCUAGCAUACAGGAGUAGUCAUCUCACGUGAUGUUGAGAAAGUACUGGGAUAGGACAUGGUGUGUCGUGUAGUCAGACUUGUACUUCGCCCAUGUCGCCCAUCUCGCACCGGGUGCAUGCCUACGACAAGCAGCCGCGUCGCUGUCUGGCGGGCUGUGUCAGUGCAGCAUCGUCCAAUCCCGACAUCGUGGAGGUCCACGUCGUCAACCUCCAGUCUUCGACAUCCACCACCUCUACCUCAGCUGCGGACUCCGAGAGCAGCCCGUCGAACCUUGUGAACUUUCACUUCAAGCCCAAGCAGGCGGGGUUUUUUGCGCGGUCCCUUGUGUUUGUCCUGAACUCGGCUGAGCCAGUCCGGUGGAGAGUUGAAGGAGAGAACAUUAUGUCCAUACCCAAAUUUACAAUAAAAAUUGUGGUACCGCCUCAUUCGUGUAAUUCUGUAACUUGGAAUUCUGGGAUAUCACUGUCUGUCAGCGUGGUCUGUUUAUCGCUACCUCUCAACAACUCGGACCUCUUAAACUUCACUCAAAUUCAAUACGGUAGUGUCAGCACCUUCAGUGAGGUUCUGGAUGCAAAUGGCCUCGGCCUACUAGUUGGUGCAGGCAUUACUAGUCCCCCGACAUGCGUCCUCAAGUCGGAUUUCCAAACGCCAGACUUCACCGCCAAAUUCAUCCGAGAGCAGCCCAUCACUGGCUGCCAGACGCAAGAGCUCCUGGGUCCAUUACAGCGCGAGUUCCAUGUCAUUCUGCUGCAGGAUGUCGCCGGUGCCCCUGCCACGGAUACCAGCAACCCGCUACUGGUGACCGUGCAGCUGCAGCCAGUGAGGAGUGAGGAGAGCGCCUGCGAUAUCAUUCUUGUCCUGGUGUCGGAGGCCAAUGUGACCUGGAAAGUCAACCCAGGAAGAAGGCGAGGCCUCUUACAAGUCAUAAGUCCCAACUGGGUGGACAUGAGGCAAGAUUUUAUGAACCAGUUCGAGAAGCGAGAAUUGCCGAGGAACCCAGAAGGGCUGAGAGUAUGGGCAAAAAUGGAGCAGCGGCCUCUGACGUCGUUCACCAGUGCAGAAGUGGCCAAUGAGUUUGUCAUCAUGUUGGAGCACAAGACCCCUCCCACCAGGGAACCUCCUUCCCUUGUCUCCAUCAUUAAGCAGUACACCAUCACGGAUUGUCGUCGGGACGGCAUCACAGUUCGCAUCCUGCGUCGGGUCAUGGAUGCUUUUGAGCUGUUAGCCAGCAACAUGAUGCUGCGGGAUCACUCGUGCCGCGCGGUGGAGUCGGGGGACUAUUACAUCAUCGAUACGCAACGGGAGCAGUGUGGGACAACUAUGACAGUCAUCGACACGGGACAGGUGGUUUAUCACAAUGAGGUCGUUUACACCAACGAAGAGAGUGUAAUGGAAGGCAGCGGGGAGUCAGACCUGGAGAGGUUGAUGGGUGGGCUUCAUGUUCCAGUAGACGAUGAACAGUCCCUCACGGCCCGAAUUCCUUUCACUUGCGAGUACGACAGCACGGGAGAGGUCCUGACUAGUGACUGGUUCAGUGGUGGAAAGCCCAAGAUCACCAUCUCCUUGGAGAUGUACACAUCCAACAACUUCACUGUAAAGCAGACGAAUUUUCCUCAGAGCCUGCAUGAAGGGGAUCGAGUUUACUUUGAAGUUGGUCUCUUGGAGAGUCUGCAACUCGGUAUCGUUCCCAGCCAGUGUUGGCUGUCACCUGCUGCCAAUACGUUGACGGACAGUGUACAUUAUCUAAUAUACAAGGGUUGUGCCAAAGAUGAGUCGUUGAUAUUCCACCAGGAUGUGUCCUCCACCAGUCAGUCCAGGCGAUUCAGCUUUGUGGUGCCUUACCUGCAAUGGAACUCGGAAGCCAGGACCUACAUCCAUUGUGAACUGGGGGUGUGUUUCAAGGAUGGAGUAGGUAGCAGGAGGGGAAUACCACCGUGUGAUCAUAUCAUGAAUCCACAAACGGGUUGCCUUGACAUCAACAAGGUGACCGGUCAAGUACCCAACUUUCCCACUCAGAAUUUGUACCUUGGACCGUACAACUUUAGAUCCAACAUAGUUGAUUUCCUCUACAGUAGAGCAAAUUUAAAACCAGAACCUGAAGUGGCCAAGGAUGAUGAAAACAAAGAUUGUGAAGGUGAAGGACUAGGCACAGGCCCAGCUGCAGCCAUAGCCAUCGCCUCCUUUGUCAUGGGGAUGGUGUUGAUGGGAGCUCUGUGGUUCAUACACAUACACACUGGUCCGCACACUGGUCCACCUCCUUCAGCCUCCCCCUGCACGGCCAGCACUGCCAGCUCCCCUUCAGCCAACGGUCAGCUACUGAAUGGCCACGUGCCCAAUGGGGCAAUCCCCAAUGGUGCCGUGCCAAACGGCGCCAUCCCCAAUGGUCAUGUCCCCAGCGGCUUCAUGCCCAGCAGGCUGAACCCCAACGGCAUCCCGCUACAGGGUAUGCGACACGUGGAGACCACACCAGAGAACGUAUGAAACAAAGGAGGGGUGGGGGUGUGGUCUGAGUGGGGAGAGGGAGGUGAACGUUAGAUACAAGUGUCACCACCCCCUUGGAAGCUGUAAAUUGACACCUAUCGGCAGCAUGCCUGAUUCUGUCGUCAUAUUAUAGACCAAGCAGACAAAAACAGCCUGUGGUUAUUUUUCUUGGUAUUCCCCCCAUCUUGAAACCAUCAGUGCCCUCUGAAAGUCCCUCGCCGCAGGCAUCUACAUUUCUUAGCGGGUUCACAUGUAGUCGACAUUUGAAGUUGAUAUUUUCUACCUCCUGACAUUUGGCAGGGUUCCUGUGGUAUGGAUUUGUCCUGUCAUCGAAAGUGAUGGAACUAGAGUCCUAGAAUAUUUCCGUGGACCGUAUGCUAAGUAGCGCUGUAGUCAAGACCAUCACAAGGCCAUUUGCAAGACCAGACACGAGACCAUGCUCAAGACCGUUCCCAAGACAAGUCACAAGUAACAAGGGGAAGCAUGAUAAAGGACUGCCUUUGUUGCAGUUCAUUUGAAUAGCUUGUGGCUUGAAUUCAGACUUGAGGUUUUGUGUUGGUCAUGUGGGGUCUUGAGAGGUCUUGACUACAACACAGAGACUAAGAUUGCAGCUUCCACAUGCCUGCUGUACCUGCUCCUAAUCAUGAUCAAAAGGUCAUGUAGAAAAAAAAAAUUGGGGGAAAUCAAAAAAUUUGAUUGAAUUGAUUUGAAAUAAAAAAGAUCAUGAUUUUUGGUUUUGUUUUCUUUCUUCCAUGGGAACCCUGAAAAUAAUGCUGUUAGGAAGUAGUGUAUGCAUCAUUGCUUUUUUUGUAUAUAGAAAUAUAACGCAAACUUAAGGUGGUCAGCACAAUCUAGGUAGUAGUGUUGGUUUUCAUUAUUAAAACAUCAUGGCUGUCUGUGGAAUUUUUAGACUGGUACUUGUGUGCAGUCUCAUUGGUUUGUAUCUGUAAUACUGUGAGGAACAAGAUCCAACAUGUCCACCACACCUCAGAGAGGUCAAUACUUGGUGGCAGUAUUAUUUUGACUCAGGAUGCUUCGUUCUCUUCAAGGCACUUAAUGUGGCACCUUCAAGUGUUAUGGCACAAUUUCAAAGAAGCACAAAAUAUCUGUUUUGAUCAGAAAUUAUCUUUGUAAUUUAGCCACCUCCCGAAGCACUAAAAACCUUGAAUCAAAUUAUGUAUACAUAUUUAGCAGCUGUAUUUAAGUAAUUCAAAAAUAAUCUUUUUUUUCUUAUUUUGUCUCAAGCUUUUUCUCCAUCUUACCCAACAUCCACUAUUUUUUUUUCAAGAUCUGUAUGAUUUCUGUUGUUUUUGUUCUGUUUGUGAAAAAAAAAGCCAGGAGAAAUUCCUUGAUUUUUUUCUUAGCUAAAAAGACGAAAUACAAAUGGCAGCUGAGUUUGUAAAGAACCCCCCAUGAUGAAUAGAUGUUACGAGUUCUAGGAAUUUUUAAGUAUAUUUUCAAUUACAAAAGUGAAGAAGAAUUUAGUUUGACUGUAGGAGCAACCGGGCAGGAAGAGAUUCAUGUAUUGUUGGGAAAAAUAUCAAGGAAAAAAAUUCAGAAAAAAAAAACGAGUUGCGCUUACCCCAAGACCAACUUCAGAGAAAACCCCAAGUCUAGAUUGUUUUCUGAACUACACAAGCACUUUUAUUCUCUCCCUGUUUGUCAGGCUCUCUGAGCCCCUAACCGAGCUUAUCACUUCCCACAGCAACUUUUAAAGAAAUUGUAACAAAGAUCUGACUGAUUAAGAAAACUUUAAACUUUUUUCGAACGGCGAUGCACGCGUGAAAAUGUUGAAAACUACCUGCCUGCUGAGAUUUUAUACAUGUGUCGGUCAAAAAAAGCAUGUACAAUGGAGCAAAAUGUUGUAUUGUCAAGCAGCACUGUUUAAAACCAGUUGGUAUAAAGAAAACACAAUCUCUUCAGGUACAACGAAAAAGAUUGAACCACACAGGGAUGGACAAAAAUCUACCUCACCAUAUUAAAAACAAAACUUGUAGUCAUCUAUGAAACCCAACAAAUUGAAAUAUAAUCAGUGUAUUAAGAAAAUGUAUCUGUCUGUGAGAGUUUUAACCUCUGUGACCUCAUUUUCAUGCAAUUUAUGCCGUCAGUGUACUUGCUAAAAUAUAUUUGGCAAAGGGGGAGAAGAAACAGAAAAAAAACAGCUGUGUGAAAAAAUUGUUUGAGAAGUUUGAGAAAAAUGCGGCAAAAGCAGGAACAUGUGUCAUUGGUGUGGUUUACAUUUGGCAUUGGUGGUACCACAUUUCAUGCAUGCACUCGACCAUAAUAUGGUACAUUAGGGAGUGGAAUGUUGACUCUGGUUUGUGUUCUGAAGUAUAUUAUGAAGACAAGUUUGGUGGUGGGUCUUUCGGAAGCAGAAAUACGUCCAAAGUCUUGCGACAAAGUUUUUUCUCUGUACUGUUAGAUUUGACCAAGAUUGUCUACCUGUUAUCAUGUUGCUAAUAUAGUAUGGUGUUUUUAUCAUGCUAGCUGCAUUCAAAUAAGCUACAUGCUUCAAGACAACAGGCAUCUUCAAAUUGUUUGUGGCAAAUCGAAAGUGACGUGGCUUGGCAAAAGAAGCAACGAUCAAGUGUCUGGCAGCGUGUGUGCAUUUUUGGGUGUGAUUGUGCGGAACAAUUCAAUGCAAAUAUUCCAGUGUUUGUAUUGCGCACAUGUUUAUGGUGUGACAUAAGCUUUACAGAGACCGUAUGCAAUUUUAAACCCCAGGGAACAUGCAUUUUUGUUUGGACUGACAUUGUGGUUAAACAUCUUUUGAUGAGCGCAAAAAGACUUCUCGUAAAAAAAGACCUUAGGUACAAAAAGUAAGCACAGUUUCAGCUCCUCGCAGGAUUUGAUGGCAUACAAGUUGAUCGUGAUGGAUAAAAGCACAAGUUGAUUAAAACCUCUUGAAGUUGAAUACUAUUUCAGCAUUACUGAAUCUGGGAAAAACUAGGAAGAAGUGAUCAUGUAAAGAAAAUGUAGCUCGUAUUUAGUAUUAGUAGAUUUAAAAGGAAGCAAAUCGGGGCAAGGACAGGCUCUUGUUGGAGACCUUGUCCGUUGGAUUUGUUUGCAUAUUGACUUAUUCACUGCAUGUAAGUUGAACUAGUUUGGCACUGAGCCCAAAGAUGUAUUACUCUUCCCCUGUUGCUGCAAAUGUAAAUUGUUCCUGCUGCUGCAAGUAGAAAAUUGAAAUAUUGUCCAAACUUGUCGGUGGAGAUUGGACAAAUGCCUGUUUAAAAGUGAGGACUUAUGUACAAUAAAACUGUAUAUAAUGGAGUAAUAGCCAGAUUAUACAUAGAAGCCUGUACCACCUUCGUAUUUUUGUGUUUAAUCGUAAUUUCACGAGCCAGAUGCGUAAGUAACCACGAUAUUAUUACCAGCGUUCCAUUGCCAUAGCAACGCAUGUUUUUUUAUCUGUAAAUGUGGAAAUGGCCUAUCCGUAAUCUUCAGAUUAAAAAUGCAUGCUGACAGUCCAUACCAUUCUGAGCAAUGUAACCCUCAGUUUUGUUGGACGCACCUGUACAAAAGCAUGACAAAUGACAAAUUCUAAUUUCUGUAAAGUUUGUAGUUUUUACUCAGAUUUUUUUUAACUUGCAUGUUUUAUUUAGGGCAAUGCUUAAAGCGUUGCAUACUUCUGUUUUUUAAGACACAAAAUGAUAAACGACAGUAAUUGAUGUACUUGUUGGUCGUGGCAUUUAUGUCCCCAACCGAAGAGAAAACACAAGUCUUAGCCACGUAACGUACAAAAACUGUUCUACUAUUGGGUGGACUUUAGCCAAGCUUAAAGGAGUACCUAGGCUAGACAGUGUGAAGGAGUAACAAACUAAUGAUAUAUUAAUUUCAAAAAGAGGAUAGGAAACAUAAACAUACCAUGAAUACCACCAGAUGAAAUUCUCAGGUGUCGUUAGUAAACAUGGAGCACUUGGUUCUUUGAUAUCUUCAUUUGAAUAUUAGAGUAAAACUGAACAAAGGAAAUCAAAUCAUGUUCUACUGAAAAAAGUAUGUGUUGUGUGAAUUCAAUGAUAUGAAGCUGAACUUGUUGGAUUUUCUGUGUGGUUUCUGUUGGGAAUUUUGCAUCUUAUAGGCUGACCUUUGACCCUUGACCUUGCACUGAAGGGUUGGAAGACAAGAGAUCCGAUGACUGUGAGGCCUGAUCAAAUCUUUAAAAAUGCUGAUUGAAUUUUAAUCCAGUUCUGCAUAUUAAUUGUUUUCUUUUUUCAAGGAGAUGUAUAUAUAUUUUGCACUUGUAGACACGUAAAACCUCAGUUAAGGACAAGUAAAUAAACUAGUAAGUAGGGAACAAUGUUACUAACUUAACUGACUAUUGCUAAGUGUCUACCAUCUUUGAAAAUCUCCUGCAACAUGAUCCCUUCAAGAUUCAUUCCUGUUCCAAACUGCAUGUAUUUGAGAUCAAACUAUUGGAGAACCUGAAACCUUUCACGUCUAGAUGAGCUGUCUUGGAGACAGUGUAGGACACGGUGUAUAAAUCAGAGUGUCAACA